UACAUUUUGUGUUAACAAAACGAUAUUGCCAACUUUACUAGUUGUAUAUCAUAUGUUUCCAUUUGUAGUUCUGUGUGCUGUGCACAAGGAUUUUUAAGAAAAGUUAUUGGUGCCAUUGGGAAUCAUGGCUCUUAGCACUUUAAAUGAAUUCAUUAAGCGGUCUGCCACGGCAGGGUUUCAUCUACUGAAGCCUCAGGCCAUGGCGGCUUGUGGUGCUAAGGUCGGAAGCACUAAUAAACCGAACACUCGCGGUGCGGCCAAAUGGUACCCAGAUCCCGAAUUUAUGAAGCAAUUCUCGGCCCCAGUUAUGUAUCCUGAUGAUGUUACCUCACAGUGGAAACUGCCACCAUGGAAUCAUCAAGUUACACCUGUGGAGAAGACUGUGCGUAAUUUGACCCUUAAUUUUGGUCCUCAGCAUCCAGCCGCUCACGGUGUCUUACGUCUAGUUAUGGAAUUGGACGGUGAGACUGUAAUGCGCUGUGAUCCCCAUAUUGGAUUGUUACAUCGUGGUACAGAAAAACUUAUCGAGUAUAAGACAUACACCCAAGCGUUGCCUUACUUUGAUCGUUUGGAUUACGUAUCUAUGAUGUGCAAUGAGCAAUGUUAUUCUUUGGCGGUAGAAAAGCUCUUAAAUAUUGAAGUUCCUUUACGUGCUAAAUAUAUCCGCACACUGUUUGCCGAAAUUACACGUAUCCUUAAUCACAUCAUGGCUGUUGGCACACAUGCUCUUGAUGUUGGUGCAUUGACUCCAUUUUUCUGGCUCUUUGAAGAACGUGAAAAAAUGAUGGAAUUCUACGAAAGAGUUUCUGGAGCACGUAUGCAUGCGGCUUAUAUUCGUCCCGGUGGAGUUUCUUUGGACAUGCCUCUGGGUUUAAUGGACGACAUUUAUGAGUUUGCCUCUAAAUUCGCUGAACGUUUAGAUGAAGUUGAAGAUGUUCUUACCACAAAUCGUAUUUGGGUGCAACGUACUGUGGAUAUUGGUGUCGUUUCAGCAGAAGAAGCUUUAAAUUAUGGUUUUAGUGGAGUUAUGUUGAGAGGUUCUGGUAUUAAAUGGGAUUUGCGGAAACAACAACCCUAUGAUGCCUACGAUUUAGUUGAAUUUGAUGUACCUAUCGGUACUAAAGGUGAUUGUUAUGACCGUUAUUUGUGCCGUGUCGAAGAAAUGCGUCAAUCCUUGCGUAUCAUUGAUCAGUGUUUAAAUCAAAUGCCGGCUGGCGAAAUUAAGACCGAUGACGCUAAGGUUACUCCUCCUUCCCGUUCCGAAAUGAAGACUUCCAUGGAAGCUCUUAUUCAUCACUUUAAACUUUUUACCCAGGGCUAUCAAGUUCCACCUGGUGCAACAUAUACAGCAAUUGAGGCCCCUAAAGGUGAAUUCGGCGUUUAUUUAGUUUCAGAUGGUUCUAGUCGCCCAUACCGUUGCAAAAUCAAGGCUCCUGGCUUCGCUCAUUUAGCAGCUUUAAAUCAUGUUGGUAGACAACACAUGUUGGCCGAUAUUGUUGCUAUAAUUGGUACACUUGAUGUUGUGUUUGGCGAAAUUGAUCGUUAAAUAAUUAUUUUUUAAUAUAAUUUGUACUUCAUUAAAAAGGAUGGGUUACCGAAUGUUUAUUCCAAUUUUUGUUUGUUUUAAAAAAUUUUGUACAUAUUCGUCAAACCCACAUAGUGUGAUUUUAUUUACACUUAAAUUAAUUAUUGGUAAUAUAUGAAGUUAUAAAAUAAUUUAAAAUAAAUGAAAUAAAAUAUGCUUGUA